UAUUUGUUCAAAUUUUAUUUUGGUUGUUGUUGUUGUUGACAUAGUUUUAUCACCAGUGAAGAGGUUGACAAUUGGAUGACUAACUGAAAGUGCAAUUAUUAAAAAGUUAAAUUGCUACUAAAUUAACGCUUAUUAUUACUUUAAUCGGUCGACACAAUGAGCCAAUUGCAACACACGAUAAUUUAUUUAAACAAAUGUGAAAAAUAUUCAACAUCGAUGAAUAAUCCAUUAUUGAUGAACAAAAUGCCAACCCAUGGAUAUGUUCGCAUAUAUCCGGAAUACGCUGACGGCUGGUACUUAAGAUCAUCAAAAUUGGAUCCAAACCACAAUAAGACCGGAACAUAUCUCGACUAUAAAUACCUUCAAACCUGUUUGGAAGGCAAGAGAGGCACCGAAAUGGCAAUGUAUUUGCCGCUCAAAGCCGUCGAGCGUACGGUUCUUAAAGAUAGACCUGAAUAUGAAAAGAAACACAAAUGCAAAAAACAUUUGUAUAGAAAGUAAUUAUUUUCGUAAAUGUAUUCAAUAUAAAGGACUC